UUUUCCUUAUUAAUAUUGUUACCAAAUACGAUGGAUUUAAAAGCUUUAAAGUUUUCCAAAUAUCAAUCAGAAGUAAUAGAGUUAUCUGAUACGGAUGAUGAGUUAAUAGCAGUGGCAGCAACAGAGUCGUUUGUUUCUGAAAUAACAUCAGACAAAAGUAAAUUGGAUAGAAUUAGCAUAUCAAGUAACGAUGAAAGUGUUCAAAGACAAUUGGGUGUUUUAUCAUAUGAAUCUGAUGAUAUAAGUGAAUCCGGCAGUGUUUUUGAUCUCUCCUCAAUUUCUAAAUUACCAUCG